AUGGACUACUCAACGCUACCGCGCGAGGUCCGCCAAAACAUCAUCGGUUUUCUGGGAGACGACUGGAAAUCUUUCUACAAGUACGCCCAAUCGAGCAAGAAAAAUUGGAUCGCCGCCCAGUCCCUGCCGAGCAAGACGUGGAGCAUCAACGUCGAGCUCUGGGGCCGCCGCAUCCAAAUCCGUGAGGCCCGCCGCUCAUUCCGGAUCGGCCACUCCGCAACCGUCUACCUACUCCUCAACAACUCACAUGUCGACGAACUCAGCCUACAUGACGCCUGGGAAUCCUGGCCCAAGAUGACCGCAAAAUCGCUGAUGAUCGUCGUCCCGAAAACGCUAGAGCCUCUCCAUCUACUGCUAGACAAAUUCCGCCCGGUGGGCAACUACGAGAAACUGGAACUCGGCUGGCAGACGGUCACGCCAGAAGCCAUCGAGUCACUGAACAACACGGCCUGCCAGGUCAGCUUCUACCUCGGGCGUGCCGAGCAGAAUGUUAUGAGUUACGUGGCGCUGCAGCACCCAUGGAUUUCGGUGUGCGUCGAUCAUCAGCUAUUUUUGGAGGUGGAAGCUGAAGCUCGCCAAAUCCUCGACCACCAGCUUGCCGAAUGGAUGGCCGGCCGCCGCAAGAUUCGCCAGAUCAGCUACGACGUCGGCGGCCUGAUUUCUGAAGGCAUGAUGCAUCGGCUUGUCCGCAAUGGAGCCCACGUCCGCAUGCUGAACCAAUUGCUCUGGAUUGAUAUCACUAGGGAAAAUAAUGCCCAUUUGACCAUUAUUUCCUCUCCACCCGAAAACACCACUUGUCGCCCGCUCACUCAAGUCAUUGGCCGCGAACCGCUUCCGCAGCCCCAUCCCGGCGCGCGUGUCUUUAUCCAGGCUCCGCACCUUAAU